AGGACAGAUGAGAAACUGCUUCCAUCUAGAAACGCAGGGAGAGAAGGAGGGCUGACUCGACUCAGUCACCGGUGGUGAGGAGCAUCCUGCUUGCGUUACACUGCACUGGUCAUCGUCAUUCCGACUGGCGGAGGAGGAGAGCGAACCUGCGCGCAGAGCAGCUGCACCUGGCUGACCGUGGAGAUACCUCAAUUUGAUAAUACCAGUCGUCGUUUAACAGUUGCCUUCGGCUCAUGCUUAAGGAGGAAGAAAAAAAGGAAUCAAGUGGCUUUCUUGUUUAUACAUUUUUUUGUCGGUUCAAUUCUGGGAGAGGACUGUGGCUAGAGGGACCUUGUGUCUGGAGUGCUUGUACACAAGACUGAUCUUGUUGGAUGUUGAUUGUUGGUCAAAGACAAGAAGUGACAGCGUUUAGCCGCUGUUGAUACCAUCACUGGUCAACCGGUGUCGCGUCUGAAAGUCUUCAAAGACUACAGUCUACAUAGAGAGUGAGAAAGAGAGGUAAAGUACAACUUUGUGAUGGAUCUCCGCGUGGGAAGUGAAAUCCGGUGAGGUCUGCAACCCUUGUCCUCCUGACCCCAACCCCUCAACCCAUUUAAAGACUAUACUAGAUUCUAACUGGACCCUAAAAUCCAUAAAAGGGCUUUGAACAGGAAGGCCCAGAGCAAGAGGAGAGUGUGGGCAGGAUGUGGGAGGGACUGAGACUGCAGGUGAUCUUCUUGUGUUUGGGAGCUGCACUAUGGACAACAGCAGCAGCAACAUACAGGAGCUCAGGUCAACGGGAGCGCAGCCAUCGGCGUCAUCUCUCCUUACACAGACACAGGGAGAGGGGCAAGGAGGGCCAGGUGCUUCACCGCUCCAAACGAGGCUGGGUCUGGAACCAGUUUUUUGUCAUUGAGGAGUACACAGGCCCAGAUCCUGUCUUAGUAGGCCGGCUUCAUUCGGAUGUCGAUUCAGGAGAUGGAAAGAUUAAAUACAUUCUCUCAGGCGAGGGAGCAGGAACUAUUUUUGUCAUUGAUGACAAAACUGGCAACAUUCAUGCCACAAAGACUUUGGACAGAGAAGAACAAGCACAGUACACCCUAACUGCCCAGGCUGUGGCCAGAGACACCAACAAACCUUUGGAGCCUCCUUCAGAGUUCAUUGUCAAGGUGCAGGACAUCAACGACAAUCCUCCUGAGUUCCUUCAUGGCCCUUACUAUGCGCGUGUGGCUGAGAUGUCCAACGUUGGUACGUCAGUUAUAAAGGUCACCGCUACAGAUGCCGAUGACCCCACAUAUGGCAACAGCGCCAGGCUGGUCUACAGCAUCCUACAGGGCCAGCCUUAUUUUUCUGUGGAACCACAAACAGGAAUAAUCCGAACGGCUCUUCCCAACAUGGACAGAGAGGCCAGGCAGGAGUACGAUGUUGUCAUCCAGGCCAAGGACAUGGGUGGACACAUGGGUGGGCUGUCAGGAACCACUCAGGUUAAAAUCACCCUUACCGAUGUCAAUGACAACCCUCCUAAGUUUGCUCAGGGUGUGUAUGCCAUGUCGGUCUCCGAGGAUAAGGUUCCUGGUGAGGAGGUUGGCCGACUAAAGGCCAGAGAUCCAGAUCUGGCGGAGAACGGACUGGUGGAGUAUCGCAUUUUGGAUGGAGAUGGCAUGAACUUUUAUGAGAUCUCCAAGGAUUCUGAGACCCAAGAGGCAGUCAUCAAACUGAAGAAGCCUGUGGACUUUGAGACCAAGCGAUCAUACACGCUAAGGGUAGAAGCCUCCAACCCACAUGUGGAUACCCGUUUCCUUACCUGGGGUCCGUACAAAGAUACUACCAUUGUGAAAAUAGCAGUAGAAGAUGCAGACGAGCCCCCAACCUUCAUGGCUCCCAGCUACAACUUUGAGGUGGAGGAGAAUGCCCCAGAAGGCACUCUGGUUGGCCGUGUACAUGCCAAAGACACUGAUACCACAAACAGUCCAAUCAGAUAUAUGAUCCCACGCUACACAGACUUGGAAGAGUUUUUCACUAUUAAUCCCGAGGACGGCACUAUAAAGACCACAAGACCUUUGGAUCGGGAAGCACAGGGCUGGCACAACAUCUCUGUCAGUGCUACAGAGAUUGGUGGCCAUCACCAAGACGCAAAAGUACGAGUCAAUAUCAAAGUCAAAGAUGUUAAUGACAAUGCCCCAGAAUUUGCCACUCAAAGUGAAGUGUUUGUGUGUGAGAAUGUCAGCCCUGGCAAGCUCAUUGAUACAGUUAGUGCUGUGGACAAGGACGAAAUGGCCCACCGCCAACACUUCCACUUCAGAUUGGCCCCUGAGGUUGUCAACAACCACAGUUUCUCCCUCAAGGACAACAGAGACAGCACUGCUAGCAUAUAUGUUAUGAGGAAGGGCUUCAGCAGAGUGACCCAGGAUGUAUACCACCUUCCAAUCGAGAUCAACGACAACGGUGUACCCCCCAUGAGCAGCACCAAUACCCUUAUAGUCCGUGUAUGCAGCUGUGACAGCAAAAACACCAUCCUCUCUUGUAACGUGGAACCUUUCAUCCUGACUGCAGGGCUUAGCACUGGAGCCCUGAUUGCCAUCUUGGCCUGUAUUGUUAUUCUACUGGCGAUUGUGGUGCUGUUUGUGGCCCUGCGCCGCCAGAAGAAGGAACCUUUGAUCAUAUUUGAGGAGGAAGACAUUCGAGAGAACAUCAUCACCUAUGAUGAUGAAGGAGGUGGAGAGGAGGACACAGAGGCAUUUGACAUCGCCACCUUACAGAACCCAGACGGUGCCAACGGUUUCCUACCCCGUAAGGACAUCAAGCCUGAGCUGCAGUAUCCCAUGCGUCUGAGGCCUGUAGCUAACAGCGUGGACGUGGACGAUUUCAUCAAAACACGGAUUACUGAUGCAGACAAUGAUCCCACAGCGCCGCCAUAUGACUCCAUUCAGAUCUACGGUUAUGAAGGGAGAGGCUCUAUUGCUGGCUCUCUCAGUUCCUUGGAGUCAGUGACCACAGAUUCAGACCUGGACUAUGAUUACCUCCAAAGCUGGGGGCCACGUUUUAAGAAACUUGCUGAUCUUUACGGCACCAAAGACUUGGCUGAUGAAAACUCUUAACGUUCACUCAAAUAAAUCCUUUAACAUCUCCCUCCACUCUGCCCUCCUCCACUAACUGUGUGUUCUUUGUGAAGUUUACUAUAAGUAUUCCUUGAUUUUAUCAAUUCAUAGUAAACUUUAGGUUGUUUGUUUGUUUCAAGUAUACGUGCAGUAUACUCGAUGCUGGGAGGGUCAUGUUUAUGAUCACAGUGUGUUAUGGGGGAGCCAGAAGGAUAGAAAUAAAAAUUGUAUAAAAAGAAAAAAAGAUAAAAGAGACACCUCAAUGGGAUGUUUUAGUGUGUAUGAAAUCAAUACAAUUCACUUUUGAUGUUUGUAGGUUUGCAAGUUUGAGGUUAUGGAUGUGGAUCACAGAGAGACAUAGACUUGUUGAAACCGUGAAUGAGCUGACGAAGAAAAUAAAAAACAGUUGCCUUAUUAAGAAAUCUGGAGAGAACAACAGCAAAUGACGGCUUUUAUCUUCUGUAGCGCCUCCAUAUUGUCUUCGGAGAUAUUGUCCACAGGUCCUCUUGUUUUCUGGAAGCAGAUGGAUCCAGCAAAAAUAGACUCUUCUGUCAUCUGUGUUUAUGUCAUAUGGGUAAAACUCCUUCAGCCCAGUUCCAUCGAUGAACAAUCACAAAGAAAGACCUAUGAGCUCAAAAAUCGCCUUAACUAAAUGGACACUCUUGCAACGCAGUGCAUUUUUUUGUAACUUGAAAGCUAUAUCCUAAAGCAAGCUAAAGUCCUUAUAAUGUAUGUACAGUACAAUGUGCAAAAUAUGUCUCUUGAGGAUCAAUCUUAAACCUAUCGGUUUAUGUAAAUCUUUCUCUCUCUUUUUUCAUUAUGCUGAUAUAAUUAUUUUCAGUUUUCUUCAUUUACCGUUUUCUUUAAUGGCUUUUGUUAUUCUCCUUGUGAGAAAAUUGCAGUCUGUCCUGUCGUAGUGAGAAAUUGCUAAUUUCUAUGUCAAUUUUAUGGUAACUAUUUGUACAAUUUUAAAGUUCUUAUUUUAGUAUACAUAUAAAUAUCAGUAUUUCAACAUGUAAGAAAAAUAUUACAGCAUCACACUUAUAUUUUAUGAACAUUGUACUGUUGCUUUAUUAUGUGCUUCUAUCUGAGAAGCUAAACCUUUUAAAUAAACGCUCUUUUUAAA